CUGCAGCUGAAACACACAGCAGAUGCAUCAGCGGAGAUGCACAGCAGCAGCAGCAGCAACAGCAAGAGCAGCAGCAGCAGCAGCAGCUAUUGUUAGUGCCCCGAGAGUUCCGCAGGGCUGCGCCUCAGUUGCUGCAGCAGGGUUUGCUGCUGCAGCAGCUGCAGCAGCUUCCGCAUUAUAGCCACCGCACGGUGCUGCGGGUUGUGCUGCUGCUGCUGCAGCAGCCCGAGCAGCUCCACGGGUCUGAUUUGCUGCUGCUGCCAGCAGCAGCAAAACAGCUGCAGCUGCUGCACUUCCAUGUGGUGGAUGCUGUUGCAGCAGUAGCAGCAAACAGCCCCAGCCUGCGCUUUGCGUCGCUGCAGCAGCAGCAGCAGCUGCUGCUGCUGCUGGAUCUCCUCGGUCUCCCCGCCGCCCCUGCGCACAGUCCCAACAGCAGCAGCAGCAGCAGCAACAGCAGCAGCAGCAAGCCGCUGCUGUCAGCUUUUGUUGCUGCACUUGACGACCUCCCUGUGCGUUGCCACCCGUCCCACACGCAUGCGCUGCAGCGCUUCUUCCUUGCUGCUGCUCACAGCAGCAGCAGCAGCAGCAGCACUGAGGACGUGCUGCUGCUGCUGGACUCACUGGGCUUCGCUGCAGCAAAGGGCGUCUUCAAGCGGGUAGAGGUGCAGCAGGAAGCUGCGCUGCUGCUCCUGCUGCUGCUGCAGCGGCUAGCAGCGCUUAAAGCAGCAGAGCGUUUGCCCCUUCUCCCCCCCAGCAGCAGCAGCAGCAGCAACAGCAGCAGCAGCAGCAGCAGCAGCAUUUUAGGAGCCUUCGUGGCUCUCAGCAAACUGCCACGCACGGGGUGUAUCUCCACCUCCCACUUGAGGGCCCCUCUGGACACUCUUGAGCUGCAGCUGAAGCCGCUGGUCGUUUUGCUGCAGCAGCAGCAGCAGCAGCAGCAGUUGCAGCAGCAGCAGCCGCGACGCGAGCUGCUGCAGGGCGACAGCUUGCUGGACUCUCUUUUGGCGGAAUUCGCUGCUGAGCUGCUGCAGCACACAGACCAGAUUGCAGAGCCGCCGCAGCUUGCUGCUGCUGUUGCUGCUGCUGCUGCAGUGCUGCAGCGGCACGCCGGCGCAGGAAGAGCAGCAACGGCAGGAUCUGCAGCAGAAUCAGCAGCAGGAGAGUCAGCAGCAGCAGCAGCAGUAGCAGCAAAGCUCUUAGACCCCUCCAAAGCAGCAGCAGCAGCAGCAGCAGCAACAGCAGGUUGCAGCAGCAGGUCUUCGACCUGCAGAAAAUUUGGCCGGCAGACGGCGCUGCUUGCGGAGAUGCUGCUGCAGAGCAUUAGUGAGCAGCAAAGAGCAGCAGCAGCAGCAGCAGAAACAGCAGCAGAAGCAGCAACAGAGGCAGCAGCAGAAGCAGAAGCAGAAGCAGCAGCAGCAGCAGCAGCAAAAGCAGCAGUACAAGUGUACGCAGCAGUGGGAACGGCAAGGGAGGGGCUAAAGGUGCAGGUGCUGCAGCAGCAGCAGCAGCGGCAGCAGCGGCGGCGGCGCACUGCCCCUGCUUUAAGAUUGGGUGCUGUUGCGCUCCAGCAGCAGCAGCAGCAGCAGCAGCAGCAGCUCUGCAGCACUGCUUUGGUGCACAGACAACUGGGCCGUGUGCAGGAACUGGCAAAGGAGACAAUAGUGGCAGCAGCAGCAGCACCAGCAGCAGCAGAAACAGCAGCUGCAGCAAACAUGUCCGGCGCAGCUGUGCGCCUUGACUCGUUCACACUCGCCUUGCUGCAGCGCGCAGCAGCAGGAGCAGCAGCAACAGCAGCAGAAGACAGCGCCUGGGCAGCAGAGCUCGGCCGGGCCCGCCCAGCAGCAGCAGCAGCUGCUGCUCCUGCUGCUGCAGCAGCUCGUGGGGCGCCUAGCAGCAGCGCGAAGCCAAAAUCAGACGCACCUUCAAAACAGCAGCAGCAGCAGCAGCAGCAGCAGCAGCAUGAGCAGCAGCAGCUGGGGCUUCCUGCGGCUGUGCACGUGCUGUCUGCACACCUGAAGGAGCGACUUGCUGCAGUGGAAGCAGCAGCAGCAGCUUCCUGCCAGCCAGCAGCAACAGCGCUGCAGCAGUUAGCCUCGCUGCAGCAGUUUCUGAAGCACCGCACUUCCCUUUUGCUGCGCGAGAGAGAUGUGAGCCCCCGUUUGCUGCUGCAGCUGAUAGGCCUCUCCAGCAGCAGCAGCAGCAGCGGUAGCAGCAGCAGCAGCAGUGCGAGACCUAUGCGCACCGUGAGGCAGCAUCUUGCUGCAGUUUGCCAGCAGCUGGGAAAAGCUGCAGCAGAAAUUCAGCUGCUGGCGACGCAGCAGCAGCAACUUGCCGAGGCAGCAAGAGGGUGUCUGUACACCGCAGUGCUGCAGCAGCCGCUGCAGCAAAAGCAGUUUAUAGGCCCGGGGCAGCUGGAGGCUUUGUGGCUGCAGCAGCAGGCGAUUUCGUUUGCUGCUGCUGCAGCAGAGCAGCAGCAGCAGCGAGACCCUAUGGACCUCAAGGUCGUGCCGCAGCAGCCGCACCAGCCGCAGCAGCAGCAGCAGCAGCAACAGAUACGAAAGCUGCUGCAGCAAAUGAAGGGGGGAGUGCUGCCCGUCUGCUGGAGCAGCAGCCCUAUCACGCCAAGCAGCAGAACGGCUGCUGCUGCUGCUGCUACUGCAGCAAAUUAG